AUGGCCAGUACGAUUUCCAAGAAUUCCUUGGAGAGCUCCCUGCGGCAACUAGAAUGUCAUUUUACAUGGGAUUUGCAGAAGCAGGAUGUGGAUCUCGAUGACCUAGAGGAAACAAUAGGUGAUCAGAUUGAGUUUUUAAUGAAAGCCAACAUCACAAAUUACAAUCUACUAUCAUAUGUAUGCCAUCUAAAGAAUAUGAAUGAGGAAGCCCUGAGGAAUCUCCAAAAAGCUGAAGAAGAAAUUAAAAUAAAUCAUCCACAUGAAAUUGCCAGGAGAAGUCUUGUUACCUGGGGAAAUUAUGCCUGGAUCUAUUACUACAUGGAGAGAUACAAAGAAGCUCAGACCUAUGUGAGCAAAGUGGAAAACAGCUGCAAAAAGCUUUCAAGUACUGCUCAAUGGAAGAUUCAGCUUCCAGAGAUCUAUGCUGAGCAAGGAUGGGCAUUAUUAAAGUUUGGGGGAAAAUACUACAAAAGAGCAAAGAAUUGCUUUGAAAAUGCUCUGAAGAGUGAACCCAAUAAUCCAGAAUUUAAUGCUGGCUAUGCGAUAGCAAUGUAUCGUCUAGAAGAUUUUUCUCACAGACAAUGCGAAGACGUAAGCCAGUCCCUCAAGCCCCUGCAGCGUGCAGUGGAACUGAAUCCAAAGGAUACUUUCGUUAUGGCAUUACUUGCAUUAAAAUUUCAGGACUUCAAUAAAGUUAAUGAAGGGGAGAGAUACAUUGAAGAAGCAAUGCAGAAAACUCCUGAUCUUCCUUAUUUACUGCGAUAUGCUGCCAAAUUUUACAGAAGGAAAGGAGAAGUGGACAAGGCACUGGAGAUUUUGAAAAAGGCCCUAGCAGUGACACCAAAAUCUGCCUUUUUGCAUCACCAGCUAGGACUCUGUUACAGAGCAAAGCUGUUCCAGUUGAAAAAGACUACAAGAUAUCCACCUCAAGACCAAGUGGAGGAACUCAUCGAACUUUCCAUUUUUCAUUUUGAAACAGCGACUGAGCAAAAGACAAAGUUUUUUUCUGCCCACAUUGACUUAGCAAAAAUGUAUGCACAAGCGAAGAGGUAUGAAGAAGCAGAAGAGAGAUUUCAGAAAGCAUUUCAGAUAAAUAUUCUAUCCUAUAAUGAUAAACAAGAAUUCUUCUACCAUUAUGGCAAUUUUCAGUGUUUUCAUAUGAAAUCAGAAUCUGAAGCUAUUAGGUAUUACACAGAAGGGCUGAAAAUUGAUGAAGAUUCUUAUGCAAGAAAUAAGUGCAUAGAUGCUCUGAAGAAAUUGUUGGAACGGAGAAUUCAGAGAGGUUUAGGAGAUGCAGCAGAUUUUGGUACACUUGGACUCAUUCACAGUCUAAGUGGUGAGAAACAUGAAGCAAUUGAGUGCUACGAGACAGCCCUUGCAUUGUCUCCUGACAAUGAGAAUUAUCUGAGUGCAUUAUGUGAGCUAAGGCUUUCCAUCUCAAGCUAA